AUGACAAAAGUAAUCGAAACAGGAUGUCAGGUUCGAAUACAAGAACAUUUCAACGAUUCGUUAGAAUUUCAAUAUUUGAAUACUUUGGAGAUCACAGUGAAUGGAGAGAAGAUGACUGUAUUUAAUGUUAUCUCGUUUUUAGAAUGGAUAACCACGUUUGACUUGAAAUGGACUACUGUAUCCUUCAUAAACUUCCCAGAAGAUGGAAUAUUGCGUCGAGCUCUCUUUGAAAAUGUCGAGAGAGUUUCAAAAGAAGUUGUUUUAUUUCAAAUACACGAUGAGAAUAUUACAAUAAGUUAUAGAGCACUCGCAUCUCUCUGCCAAAUAUGUUCAUCAUCUCCAACACCUUGUGAACUUCUCCACGAAAUGAUUAAUCUUCCACCACGUGCAAAAAAUCUGAAACUGGAAAUGUGUUCUGCAGAUAAAGCAGUCAUUCCCAGAAGAUUUCUCAAGAAUCUUCUCAAUUCUAUCAAUCCAACAACUCUGAAGGUGUACUUCAACAGUUCCACGGAAAUCCUACAGAUGUCUGAAUAUUGUGGCGAUAUUUUCUCAUUACACGACAAUCCUAUAACUCAUGUUUCCAAUGGAAAUCUUAAGUUUUAUAAUGCUUAUUUAAAUUGUUUGGAAGAUUGCUGUAUGAUGAUGUUCAAAAAAGAAGUUGAGAAUGCGCCCACCGCUUCUGGCAUCGACUCCUCGAGUGAUUUGUCGGUUCCAGAAAACAAACAGCGUAUUACCAUACUUCACACGAGAGCCCACAUUCCAGCCGAUUCCUGA